AUGGACCUUUCCCAUUUUGCCAGUUACUUAAUUCCAGAUGAGGAAAAGAAAGCUGAAAAAUUCGUGCACGAACUGGAUCGUAGGAUUCAAGAACGUGUGCGUACUCUCAUGAUUAGGAGUUUUAUGGAGCUAGUCACCAGGUCUACCAUUGUUGAAGAAGACCUCCAUGGAAACAUUGAGUACAAAAACCAAAGGAAGUGCCAUCAACAACAACAACUCCAAUCAGCAUCGCAUAAGGACAAGAGGCCUCAUAUCGAGAAUCGUCAAGGGCAACCACCAGAAAGACAAAGUUACCCCACGUGCGCAACAUGUGGGAGAAGACAUUUGGGAAAGUGUAUGUAUGGCCAGAACAUGUGUUUCAAGUGCGGGAAGCCAAACCAUCUAACCCGAGACUGCCCAAUAAAGAGACCCAGGGAACUAGGAAGGAGCGGAGGACAGAAGAUGAUAACUACGGUAAGAGUAUAUUCCAUCACCCCUGUUGAUGCUGAAGCGUCAAACAAUGUAGUCACUAGUACCUUUCCUUAUCCUAAAUUUAGAUAUGUAUAUAGAACGAUGAAUAAAUUGCAUGAUCCUGAUAGCUCUAAGUGUUAUGACAUUCAUAUAGGCACAUUAUCGUUGUUUUCACGUCAUGCCUCCAUUUUAUUCGAUUCUGGAGCUACUCAUUCUUUCAUUUCAAAUCAUUAUGCACCUUUGGCUGAGAAGAUACCUGAACCACUACAGCCUAGUAUGUCUGUUGCUACACCCUCGGGAGGACAUAUCAUUUGUGAUUCAAUGCUAAUUGGAUGUCCGAUAGAGAUUCAAGGGAGAAUUCUACCUGCGGACUUAAUCAUAUUUAAUAUGUCUGGGUUUGACGUGAUUCUGGGAAUGGACUGGUUAUCUCAAAACCAUGCCUGUGUGGAUUGCUUUAAUAAGAGAGUAGUUUUUAAAUCCACAAAGGGUGUGGAGUUUAGUUUUCAGUCAGUACGUGAAAGUUCCCCUCCUCGUGUAGUCUCAGCUUUACAGGCCACCUGA